AAGAGAUAACGUUUAUAUGUGGUCCAUAGUGUUUUCUAUUGUAUUCCUUCCUCCCUCCUUCCAUGGACUGAUCUCACUCCCAUGGCGGCAGCUACUGCUCUCUCUUCUAUGGUUGCUACUCACCUCAAAUACCUCUCCUCCAAAAGGCCUACCGUUCUUCUUCUCCCAAAUUUGUCCUUGCGACACAACUCCCUUUGGGCAAGCAAAUUCCCCUUCCUGAACUUCACUGCCGCUCCCUCUUCCCUUUCUCUUUCUCUGUCAUUGAAUGAAGACGACAUUGGUAAUGUAGUGGAGGAAGAAGAAGAAGAUGAGCACCUCCAGCAAAUGCGACGGCAGGCAGAGGAUGGGAGGAGGCUAUACAUUGGCAACCUCCCAUACUCUGUCACCACCCCCCAACUCUCUCAACUUUUACAAGAAUGUGGUACUGUUGAGCGUGUAGAGGUGGUAUAUGACCGCAUGACAGACCGGAGCAGGGGUUUCGGGUUUGUGACGAUGGCCACUGCUGAAGAUGCAAGUAACGCCAUAAGGAUGCUACAUGGAUCACAAUUAGGUGGGCGAACACUUAAAGUGAAUUUUCCGGAGGUGCCGAGAGGAGGAGAGACAAGGAUGAUGGGGACAAGAACGAGAGUGAAUAAGUAUGUGGACAGCCCCCACAAGGUGUAUGUUGGGAACUUGGCAUGGAGUGUGACUUCGGAGAAGUUGGAGGAGGCAUUCAUGAAGGGAGGGGUGGAGGGCGUCUUGGGUGCCAUGGUUGUCUAUGAACAGGGCAACAUCAACAAGUCCCGGGGUUUUGGCUUUGUUAGCUUCGCAACUGCAGAACAGGCCUGCUCUGCCGUUGCCACCUUCAAUGCAACAGAGGUGGAGGGACGGCCUCUGCGAUUGGAUUUUGCCAAAGCACAAUUUACAUCUUCGACACUAAAGUAGAUCAGAUCCGAUAACCCCACACCGAGGGAGACGCAAUUCGCGCCAGAUGGUUAACUAAAAGAAAGAAAAAUAUAUCUAUCUUACGCAAUUAUCGUAUGAAUUUCCAAAUAUAAAUUGUUUUUUAUACUGUACUUCCCUCAAACGAAAAGGUAAGGUGGGUGAGAGAUCUUGAUCCUUCCAUAUGCGUGCGCGCCUCAAAGGGGUUCUACAAAUGGGAGAACCAUUUUGGGCAGCGUGAUAUUGUUUUUUUAAAGGCAAUUACUACCAAUUUUGAUUUCGGGCAGCGAGACAUUGUCUUUUAAGGCAGUUAAGAAA